UUAUGGUUUGUGAAUUGGGUCGAUUAUGUCAUGGCGGGUUAGAUGUUUUCGGCAGUUAAUUUUUGUUGAAUUUGUUUUGAAUUACGCCGUCAAUGACCUCGUUUCAACCGCUGUUGUUUAACAUUAAGCGUAUUUAUAUAUUCGUGACCGUUUCAUAAACUGUUCAAAUGCUGAAACAAUUGCAAAUGGGCCUUCGCACGUUCAUGCUUCUCGCAUCUAAAGUAUGGAGUUGUUUUUGUUAUAUGUUUAAGAAGCAAUAUCGAGCGUUGGCGCAAUAUCAAUCUGUCAAAUAUGAAAUCUAUCCACUGUCCCCGGUAUCUCGACACAGGCUGAGUUUAGUUAAAAGAAAAAUGCUGGUAUUAGAUUUAGAUGAGACACUAAUUCAUUCGCACCAUGAUGCGAUGCUACGACCGACGGUGAAGCCUGGCACACCUCCAGAUUUUGUCCUGAAAGUGACGAUUGACAAACAUCCGGUCAGAUUUUUUGUUCAUAAGAGGCCUCAUGUGGAUUAUUUCUUGGAUAUAGUGUCUCAGUGGUACGAGCUGGUGGUGUUCACAGCCUCGAUGGAGAUAUAUGGCGCGGCGGUCGCCGACAAACUGGACAACGGCCGGGGGAUUCUGCGGCGACGGUUCUACAGACAACACUGCACCGCGGAACACGGGUCGUACACCAAGAACCUGUCGUCGAUAUGUGACGACCUCAACAGGGUCUUCAUUCUGGACAACUCGCCCGGGGCCUACCGGGACUUUCCAGACAACGCGAUCCCCAUCAAGUCGUGGUUCUCGGACCCGUUAGACGUGGCGCUGCUCAACCUGCUGCCGGUGCUGGACGCGCUGCGGUUCACGCACGACGUGCGCUCCGUGCUGUCGCGCAACCUGCACCUGCACCGCCUCUGGUAGCCCCGAUGAUAACUGGCUUUUGUACAAAAUAAGGACGCCACAGGCCUCCUGAACUUAUUUAUUAUUAUUUUUUCACUUGUUAGGCCGUUCAGCGCUUAUUCAAAUAUACAUAUAGAUAUAAAUAUAGUUAAAGUUUUUUAAGUUUUGUUUUUUACGUAAACAAGUGAUUACGCGUGUAUAGACUUGCGUAUAGAGUUACCUACAAAUGUAGGGGAAGGCGUUUUUAAAUGCGCCGUCUUGUCAUCCAAUUAGGUAAGUGGAACAAUAAUUUUGUUGGUAUUCGUGGCUUCAAAACGUAUUUUGACUGUUCUAUAGAGUAAUUGACAUUGUAAAAUUUAAAUUACCUUCUACCAAUAUCUUUGAAAACCCUUCCAGUUAUUGCAGUCACGAAUAAUGCUCAGUCGGAUGGUCGUCUCUUUCAAAUGUCAAAUAACUGAGAAAGAGUACGCAACUACCCUGCUCAGCUGUAUGGAAAUGUAUAAUACAUAGGGUUGUCUCUACACAGAUUUAAAACAAAAAAUUUGAUGUUAUCGCCGAAGUAUUAGUACCUCAAAGAAGUAUUAAAAAUAAUUAAAUGUAUGACAAAAUUAAUACUCAUGUUAAUUAAACGUAAUAAAUAAACUAGUAUUAUAUUAUAACUACUUGAUUUUAUUUAUGAGUACAGUUGUUACAAAAUUCAUUAAUUAGAUAUCAUCGUCGUGUUAUAAAAGUAAACACAUUUUAUAAACAUUUACAUUUUAUAUUGGUUUUGGUGUUCAUUCUUAAUAAUAAUAUAAUAUUUCCAACGAAAACUAGUUAAUAAAUGUUUUUUUUUUACUUUAUUAAAGUAAAUAAUUUUAAGACAAGUAUCUCGACAGAAAUAUGCAGGCAACACAGUAUACAUGACAAUAAUACGAAUAGUAAUUGGAUAGAGACAACCCUGUAUUGAUCGAAUGAAACAGUGAUAGAAUCUAUCUAUCCUUAUCCAGCAUAACACUAACAGACGUGAUACCCACCAAAAUGCAACGCAAUAUAAUAGUACCUACCUUCAGUUAAAUAAAACAAAUAUUUAAAAUAUUCCUGCUAAGUCAACUGCAUUAUGUUUACAGUUCGCAUAUUUUUGUUGAAAUCGACAAAUUGUUGAGAUAUUUACACUUUAAAUUAAUUGGGCAAUGUGUUCUAGCACAUGUAUCUUUUUUAAAAGGUGUCAUCUCAGGGUAAAAAAAACUCAAGAUUUGUGUUGGAAAAAAAUAUGCUUAACAACCCAACUUAUCUUACAGUGAAGAAUUAGUUUCUAUAUAACAUUGUAUUAAUAAUCGCGGUCAGUUAGAAGAGUGGUUUGCCCAUUUUUAAGCGUCACAGUUGAUCUCUUAGUUUUAAAUAUAUUUUAAUGUCUACAAGAAAUACAACGCCACAAAAAUAUCGGAUACCAAUUGAAAAAAAUAGCAAAAAUCAGAAAUGAAAAGUUCCUUUCGUUUUCAUCCAGUCUUAAGUAAAGGGUUUUAUUUAUUUGAAAAUCGGCAAAUCACUAAGGCCUAUCUCCCUCUAUGUAGGUAUAAUGUAAUAUUUUUUGUCAUUAUACCGACAUACACACCUCCUUCUUGAUAGCAGUCUUGGAUACACUAUAACAAAUGUUGCUCAACAAAUAAUAUUUGUUGAGCGACAUUUGUGACGCACACAUAAUAUUAUGUGUGUGAUGUUGGCGAAUUUUGUCCCAUGUUUCCCAGACUUUGAAGAAAGAGGUGAGGGGUUUCAGAGUUGGGUAGGCCCAAAUCGUGCACUAUAACUUAAAAUACAACAAAACAGGUUAAUGACAAUAGGGUAACUCUCCAUUGUGUACAAAUAAAGAACUCCGUUGCAAAGUCAUUUCGUUUUCUAAUAAAUGUUACAGUUGUGUAAUACUUGCGUUUGUAAAGUUUCAGAAUUAAUUUUAUUUCAAAAUACCAUAAUGAUCCAUACCGACAUCAAUAUUGGGUCAUGACUGAUGAGCUAUACGAAUUAUUUAGAAACUAAAUUACUAUACAAAGAUGUUCAAUAUUUUGUUUAAAGUGGAUUUGUGUUCUCUAAUAUUCUUAUAAAACAUUUAUUGGCAAACGAAAUGCAAAAUUACAGAGUUUUAUUGAACUUGUUACAGACUUAUGUGGAGAAUAUUCACCCAGUUUUAGUAUCUAGUUAAUUUUCUAAUUAAUUCGUGUGUAUUUCUGUUGAAUCGUUAGAGAAAUGAAUGUUCUUUUAAAACCAAAUAGUUGGAAUAAAUAUAGUCUUUAGGAUAUACUUGAAAUAAUUAUGUAUAAAUUGUAUUUCCGGCUACUAAACUGUCCAUAUUACUUAUAUUAGAUUUGCAUUUUAUUUCUAUAAUUGCAUAAAAGUACUUAUUGAAAUCUAUGUUAUAUUGUUGCAAAUAUUUCAGUCAUAAUCUUAGUUUUAUUUAAUUUAGGUAAAUUGUAGCAAUAAAUUCUUGUAGAAUAAAAGUCACACUUUUUUAAACAACAAAAACAUGGAAACUUUUUUAUAUUAAAGACAAAAAAUAAGCAUGGGCAGUUUAGUCACAAAGCUAGGAACUCUUAGAAAGCGCUGAUGAAGUGAAAACAGUAUGUACUUGGUAAGAUUUUUCUAAAAUAAAUCUAGUACUGAAUAAUAAAAUAUUAGCUUAGAUAAUUAUAAUGGAUUGGUCAUUCAUGCCAGUGAUUAUUUGAUACGCAACUGUACAAAAACAUAUACGUACUUGUAAAAAAUGAUAAUAAAUUAUCAACAUACGGUGGUCACUUCGUCUAGUGUAAAUAUAGUCCUUUAUUGUUAGUUCCUAAAAUUGUGAGUGGCGAUUACUCACGUUUUACGAAUUUUCUAUGUUUUGUAUAUAAAACUGGACUUCCUUAUUUUAUAAUUUUAGGUUUCGCAAUUAAAUAAUUUCGACCGGGAUUUCACUAAGACCACGUGACGGAGUUUAGCAAUGUUAGUAACAGAAGAAAAACCAAAAUAAGUAGUUGAACAGCCCACAAUUACAUUUUUCGCACAUAAAUAUCUCACACAGAGAUAUAAAAUUUAAUACUGCAUGACCCAAAUUCAGAAGUUGUUUUCUAAUUUCAUAAAUCGAAGACAAUCUGGUUUUCCUACUCCCUCGAGAAAUACAUGGAUUUUGAUUUAACACCUGUCACAGAAAUCAUGCAAGUAAGAUUUCAUUUGUUUUAGUGACGUCCCGGUCAAAGAGAAAAGGAAAAUGUACUGCAAUCAUGCUGUUUCUCAUAUGUUACAUGUAAAUAAUUAACAAGUAGGCAUAUCAAAAUGUUCCACUGUUGAAAUUCACAGGGUGAUUUCAUUACGAAGUGAGAUUAAAGGUAAUUUGUGUUUGUUACAAUACCUAUGGUGAUAAAUAACUUACCAUUUAAUGGUGUCUCAAAUUAUAUAAAUUAUUUUUUAAUUUCUGAAUUGGUUUAGUCAAAAUUAUUAAUAGGAUUCACACUUAUUACCUAUUUUGAAUGUGUUAAUUUUAAUUUUACCUUUGUCUUUAAUUUGGUCGAAUUCAUUUAGCAAAUAGUUUUAGUUUAAAGCAUCUGUAAAAUCUAAGGAAAGGGUAACUAAUUGUACCUGACUUCGUAUUUGAGACACCUAUAUUAUAAUGAUUAUGUAUGAACCAUAUGCAAAAUAUUCACAAAACGCAUAGCACAAUGAUAACUAUCGAAUCAAGCUGAAUUCAUUAUUUUUUCUAAAAAAAUAUUCUAAUCAUUUUCUGUUGAAAUACCAUGUACCUACAUAAAAUGUAUUUGCAGAUGACGGAAGGGCCGGUAGGACUUUAUAUUCAAAUUCAAACAAUGUUAAUUAGACUUCUUUUCAAUGUGUAUGGAUUACGAAAUAUUUCAACUAUUGUACCCUUAACCGACUGAAUACAUUGGUUGAAUAUGAAAAGCAUUUCUAACUCCGUAUGUUUGUUAUUGUUUUUCAAGUUCGAAAUAAUAACUUAAGAAGACAUUACAGAUGCAAUCUUUUUCAAUGUUAAGUCAGGUAAAAAUAGUGAUAAAUAAAAUAACUGUGAAAAAUAAUGCUAAAACUUUAGUUGAAAUAUUUCAAAUGUCUGAAAGAUGUAUUGUUGACCAUAGUAAGGACAUUCGAAGGCGGCUACUGACGCCAAAAAUUGUAUAAUUGUGGUCUCAACUGGUUGUUCAAAGUUCAAAAUGCGAUUUGUAAUAUAGCAAUAUUAAAUCGAUUUCAGAA